AUGGGUCAUUUAAUGAUUUUAGCAACAUGCUCUCUUAAUCAGUGGGCAAUGGACUUUGAAGGCAAUUUGGAGCGUAUCUUAGAAAGUAUUCGCGUAGCCAAGCAAAGAGGCGCGACACUUCGCGUCGGUCCAGAACUUGAAAUAACUGGAUACGGGUGUUUUGAUCAUUUUCUCGAAGGAGAUACAUAUUUACAUUCCUGGGAAAUGUUAGGCAAAAUAUUGCAAUUUGAAGAGGCUAAAGAUAUGUUACUUGAUAUUGGAAUGCCAGUCUCUCAUAAAAACAUUAAAUAUAAUUGUCGUAUUAUAAUCCAUAAUUGUAAAAUAUUAUUAAUUCGACCAAAAUUGUUUUUGGCUAAUGACGGUAAUUAUCGAGAAAUGAGAUAUUUUACUGCUUGGUCGCCAGUUCAACAUGUUGAAGAUUAUUAUCUUCCGAGGAUUAUUAGAAAUAUCACAGGCCAAUCGGUGGUUCCUAUUGGCGACGCGGUAAUUUCUACUAUUGACACUUGCGUUGGUGUGGAGUUGUGUGAAGAGCUUUUUACACCUAAUAGUCCUCAUAUUAGUAUGGGUUUGGACGGUGUAGAAAUUAUCACCAAUAGCAGUGGUAGUCAUCAUGAAUUACGUAAACUUUAUAAACGUAUCGAUUUAAUUAAAGAAGCAACUUUGAAGAAUGGAGGUGUUUACCUCUAUUCUAAUCAACAGGGUUGUGAUGGCGAUCGCCUAUAUUAUGAUGGCUGUGCAUUAAUUGCAGUAAAUGGUCAAAUAAUUGCCCAAGGAUCACAGUUUUCUAUCAAAGAUGUGGAAGUUAUCACAGCAACCAUUGAUAUUGAAGAUGUUCGUUCACACCGCGGGAUGAGUAGUAGAGGGAUGCAGGCUGUUAACAUAUCCCCAUACCAACGCAUUGAGGCACCUUUUGCUUUAUCCUCUGAAAAAAUAAAUCUUAAACCGGGUUUUUCUCCUACUAAACCUAUUCAAGAAAAAUAUCAUACUCCGGAACAAGAGAUUGCUUUCGGACCAGCUUGUUGGCUUUGGGAUUAUCUCCGUCGAUCAAAGGCUAGUGGUUAUUUCUUGCCUCUUAGUGGAGGAAUAGACAGUUGCGCUACAGCAAUUAUUGUAUAUUCUAUGUGUAAUCUUGUUGUUGAAGCCGCAUCAAAUGAAG